UAAAAUGGCAUUUCCGAACCCUCCAAGAUCCAGCUACCUUUAUUGAAAAGCCAUUGCAUGCAGUCUGAAUGCAUUGCUAUGUGCAGAGACUGCCAUGGUGUUAGAGAGAGGGGCAGAUGGCUGAGUGUUUGACUGUUAUCCAUGGCGUCCCGUGCAGGUCCCCGAGCAUCUGGUACAGAUGGAAGUGACUAUCAGCAUCGAGAAAGGGUAGCUGGUCACUACCAAAUGAGUGUGUCACUGAAGUCAGAAAUCAAGAAACUCAUCUAUGCCCACCUGCUGAUUUGGAUGCUGAUUGCUGCUCAGAUCACUGUCGCUCAUCUGAAACUGGUGCCACAUGACCUAGUGGCUAUGCCCUACCAGUGGGAGUACCCAUACUUGCUAAGUCUUGCACCCUCGCUCUUUGGUUUAUUCUCCUUCCCCCGUAAUAACAUUAGCUACCUGGUGAUUUCCAUGAUCAGCACCGGCUUGUUCUCCAUUGCUCCCCUCAUCUAUGGCAGCAUGGAGAUGUUCCCAAUGGCCCAACAGCUGUAUCGGCAUGGCAAAGCUUACCGGUUCAUUUUUGGUUUCUCUGCAGUGUCUGUUUUGUACCUAGUCAUGGUGGUGGCCGUGCAGGUUCACGCCUGGCAAAUUUACUACAGCAAGAAACUCCUGGACUCUUGGUUCACCAGCACUCAGGAGAAAAAGAAAAAAUAACCAGCCUUGCCAGACAGUAAUAAACUUGAAGCCACUUGCCCAUCCUACACAUAUAUAUUGGGGAAGGUUAUAGAAAAGGGAAUAUUGCAGAAGAACUCCCUUUUUUUUUUUUUUUUUUUUUUUUAAUUGCAAAUCAUUAGAGAAUUGUUUUAUCUCAGGGGUGGGACUUGCAAUGGAUUAUGGGAAUUGUUAAAAAAAACUGCAAGAGGGCAAAUGUGGACAUUUGUAGUUUAGUUUGUUGAAGACCAUAUGGGUAUCAAUGUCAUUCUUUGCCAACGCACAAUUUUGAUUUAUUAUUUUUUUUAUGCUGCUGAGGGUACAUUUAGUGUAAACACAGCUUUUGCCAAGUGUCUUUAUUUUUUUUUUAGCAGCAUUUUAUAUUUCUUGUUAUCUGUGAAUUUGCUUGAGUUCCUUUUAACUCUUUAAAAGCACAUUUUUACUUUUGUUAAUACAACAAGCUCUCCUGGUUUUCAAUUUCUGUGAUCCACUAAACUAGCAAAUGAUUCUUCCUGAUUUGGAUGUAUAUCUUUUAUGUGUUGUGUAUUACAUACUAGAGGUGAAAUUUGCAGGACAGCUGGGGUUAUUACUUACAUCACCACUGGAUGACAGUGUAACUGAUUUAUGAAUUUUAUUUCCUAGAAAGCUGAUAUUAACCUCUCCAGAGUGGUCUCAGUGCGGUGCAAGAAUUUAUUUUUGUGUCCUCUCUUUCAUUCUUUUAAACAAAUCUCAUUGUUGUCCUUUCUCCGGUGUAAUAUGUUUAUUGAUUUCCCCCUCUUUUUCUCUGCUUUUGUUCAUAAGGGUUUAUUCACUAAACUCAAAAGUUUAGAGUUGAAAUCUGAAUGGUAAAAUGUAGUUAUGUUAAAAUUCUCCAACUUUGGUAUAAUCACAGCCUUUCUUUGCUUUCCCUGUCUCCAGCAGCCUGGUGUAACUUAUGUCUCUCCACAAAUGUAUUUUGUCAACUUUUCCUUCUCACAGUCUAAAAUUUUCCUCACAUUCCUUCUCCAGCUCCUUUCCUAUCAAAUGACUAAAACUCAAUGUGUACAGACUGUAUCCAAAUGAGGUGCUUGAAGGAGAAGGAUUUGGAAAAUGUUUGGAGAGAAAAACCCAACAAAGACUGAUGAUGUGCUGUAAGGAAAGACCAACUGAUUUGGGGAGACUUUAGGGAAAAAAAUACAUACUGGGGAGAAUUGCAAUCUUGGGAGAGUCUUGUGAAAAUAGCAGACAUGUUGGAGAGAACAUGGGGGG